CCUUUACAUACUCAUUCCAGUACACACAUCACCACCUCAUCAUCUAUCUUUCUUUCUUUCUUUCAUAUCCUCUUCCUUGUAGUGUACCCAUUUUGAAUGUGUUCUCUCUCUCUCUCUUUUUCUUUGGGUCCCUGGUGAAUAUCUAGAACCACUCUCUAUCUAGUUUCUCUCUUCUUGCUAGCUAGCUAUCUAUCAUCGAUCACUCUCUUGGUUUAACCACCUGAAUGCCGGAAAACAUGAGCAUAUCAGUGAAUGGACAAUCUCAAGUCCCUCCUGGCUUCAGGUUUCAUCCAACUGAAGAGGAGCUUCUUCAGUACUACUUGAGGAAGAAGGUCUCCUAUGAGAAGAUUGACCUUGACGUGAUUCGUGACGUUGAUCUCAACAAGCUCGAGCCAUGGGACAUACAAGAGAAAUGCAAAAUAGGAACCACUCCGCAGAAUGAUUGGUACUUCUUCAGCCACAAAGACAAGAAGUACCCCACAGGAACGCGCACCAAUCGCGCCACUGCUGCAGGGUUCUGGAAGGCCACUGGCCGUGACAAAGUCAUAUACAGCAACGGCAAGAGGAUUGGAAUGAGAAAGACUCUGGUUUUCUACAAAGGAAGAGCCCCACAUGGCCAGAAAUCCGAUUGGAUCAUGCAUGAAUACAGACUAGACGACAACAACACCGCUGACACCAAUAUUGUGUCCAAUGUGAUGGGGGAUGCUGCUCAGGAAGAAGGGUGGGUGGUGUGUAGGAUAUUCAAGAAGAAGAACCAUCUGAAAACCCUAGACAGCCCCUUGGCUUCAGGGGAAGAUAGAAGGAGCCACUUGUUCGACUCGUGCGACGAGGGAGCUUUGGAGCAAAUACUUGAGCAAAUGGGAAGGAGUUGCAAGGAAGAGAGCAGCUAUGAAGGCAACUACAGAAACUAUGGAAGGUUUACAAGGCCUUAUGAGACAACAGGGUUGAACAAUGGCGGCGGAUACAAUGAUAGGUUCAUGAAGCUCCCGAGCCUCGAGAGCCCGAAAUCUGCGAGCAUGGAGAGCCACCACAACACCAACAACAACAAUAACAUGAAUAGUAAUAAUAAUAAUAAUGGUGAUAACAACGAGAACAACAAUAAUAAUGGGUACCAUCCCAUGAUUCCAGUAGAGAUGGGCACAGACAACGAAGGGUCAUUCACAACGCACCAGGUGAGUGGUGGUGACCCCAACAACAACAACAACAACAUGGUUCAUCCAUUGGAGGUAGGAUCAGGUGGUGGAGGCCUCACCAACUGGGCUGCGCUGGACCGUCUAGUUGCAUCUCAACUCAAUGGCCAAACCGAUGCCUCUAGGCAACUCGCGUGUGCAUUCAACGACCCCACCAUGUAUUGCACCAGUGACCAUCAUGAUCUUCAUCAAAUCCCCACCCUCCGAUCCUCAUCAACGUCCGCGGCGCACACUAGACCUUCCCCUGCACCAGCAUUCAUCAACCCCACCACACAGGACUUCACCAGCGAGAUUGACCUUUGGAACUUCACCCGAUCCACGUCCUCACUGUUGGCAUCCUCCGAACCACUGUGCCACGUGUCCAACACGUCAGUGUAGCAAGAUCAAUAAAAUAAUAAUAUAAAAAAAAAAAAUUAUCCCCACCUUCACCUUCACCUUCCCCUUCCCUACUUCUCCCUUUUCCUCCAUGUUCGAUUGUUAAAUAUAGAAAUAAUUAUUAGCCCCUUGAUCAUAUAUCAUGUUUAAUUUUAGUUCUUCUUCUCUCAAGUCUCAUAGGAUUAUUAUUACAGACUGUUAAAUGUGAUGAUUCUCCUAGCAUACAUUUUUACUUAAUUCGACUCUUGUUGGCAAUAUUUCAUUGACAA